GGAGGACUGGAAGCCCCUACUGAACUUUUCUAGACUUUGAGGAAAUUCCUUAAGAACGGCACGGACUUCAGCUGUCCAGGUUUCCGUAGCCUAGAAAUUUACAUCCGCAUUUUGAAAGACAAGAAGUGUUGUUGAAAUUAAAAGAGGGUUCCCGCCAACGAACGUAUAAUGACCGCCUCCUUAGUGCUAAGCGAAGCCGAACUGGAGAAUGUGGCUCCAAAGUCUACCGAUCGGGGGCCUCGUCUGUUGACCAGAAUGAGGAGAAGAUUAAGGUGUUCUGGGCCGAUUGCGAAAUCCUUUCUGCUGAAAUUUAUUCCAAUCCUUAGCUGGCUUCCACAUUAUCCUUUCAAGGAAUGGCUUCUAGGAGAUGUGAUAUCUGGCCUGAGUGUGGGUAUUAUCCAGCUUCCGCAAGGUUUGGCUUAUGCUCUUCUAGCCGGCGUCCCUCCGGUAUUUGGUCUUUAUUCCUCAUUUUAUCCCGUAAUUAUCUAUUCCAUAUUCGGAACAUCGCGACAUAUCUCCCCAGGAACAUUUGCUGUAAUUUCCGUAAUGGUUGGAAGUGUCACUGAAUCCCUCGUACCCAAUGACACCGUUGUCUUAACUGGAAAUGAUUCGGUCACGGAUGUGGGAGACAGAGUGGCCGUGGCUGCUGCCCUAACGUUCCUUGUCGGUCUCUUUCAGAUUGUGCUGGGGUUAGUCCAGUUUGGGUUUGUUGUGACCUAUCUCUCGGAGCCGCUGAUUCGUGGUUACACCACCGCAGCUGCCAUCCACGUCACCGUGUCCCAACUAAAAAGCAUCCUUGGCGUGUCUGUGAUGCAGAGAAGCAACGCUUUGUCUCUUAUUUACACCGUCAUAGAAGUCUGCUCCAAGAUCCCAGAGACCAAUCCUGCAUCCCUGAUCACCGGACUCAUUGCCAUCUUUGUCAUGUUCGCCGUCAAGUAUCUGAACGUGAAGUAUAACUCGAAAAUCCGAAUGCCCAUUCCGAUCGAACUCCUUACGUUAAUUGUAGCCACUGGGAUAUCCUAUGGCGUCAACCUCAAUAAAACAUAUGGCGUGGAUAUCGUGGGGGUGAUCCCAGUUGGGAUGAAAGCUCCGGUGUUGCCACGGACUGAGUUAUUUGCUAAGGUGGUUGGCAAUGCGUUUGCCAUCGCGGUUGUAGCAUACGCCUUUACCAUCUCUCUGGCCAAGAUGUUUGCAGUAAAACACGGUUACGUGGUGGACAACAACCAGGAACUUUUUGCUCUGGGACUCAGCAAUUUUGUAGGAAGCUUCUUCCACUGCUUCACCAUUGGGACAGCCAUGUCCAGAAGUCUAGUUCAGGAAAGCACCGGAGGGAAUAGCCAGGUGGCUGGUGUUGUCUCUUGUCUGGUGAUCCUCGUCAUCAUUCUCAAGGCCGGCCAGCUAUUUGAAACCCUACCAAAAGCAAUUCUAGCUGCAGUGGUUAUUGUGAACUUAAAAGGUAUUUACAAGCAGUUUUUAGACAUACCGGCGCUCUGGAGAACAAACAGAAUUGACCUGCUGGUCUGGUUGGUAACGUUUGUUUCCACUAUUCUUCUGAAUCUGGAUAUUGGUCUCGGUGUCUCUGUGGCGUUCUCGCUUUUAACCGUUAUCUUCAGGACACAACUACCUCAUUACUCCGUUCUUGGACAGAUUUCCAACACUGAUAUCUACAGAGAUGUGUCCAAAUAUACACAGGCUAAAGAAAUCCCUGGUAUAAAGAUAUUCCGGUCGUCCUGUACGCUGUACUUUGCCAAUGCGGAUUUGUAUGCAGAUGCUGUUAAGAAAAUGAGCGGUCUGGACGUGGACAAACUCAUUGCCAUGAAGAAGAAAGCCGUGAAAAAACAGAAGCGAAUGCAGGAAAAAAAUGAGAAAAAAGCAGCGAAGGAAACCCAGCUGAAGCAUCGAGGAGCGGGGAAACCCGAGAAGGCGAGCCUUUCCUUUAUAUAUCCAUGACUUUAUACAUUGGGA